AAUGACAGCAAAUGUCAAUCUGAGUUUGAAGUUGUUUGUAUUCCUUUGUGUUCAAGCGAAGAUUCUGUUGAUAUAUUCCCGUUAUAUUCACUCCAAAUUAGUGUUUGUAGGAAAAUAUUUUAGAAAUUUGUGUAUUACUUUAAAUUGUGAAAAUGGUUAAUGACUUUGAGUUCUCUGAACAGUAGCUAUACGUGAAAAAUUGUAUUUGUUAUUUAUACAGUGAAUAAUAGUGGACUCGUCCUAUUUUUGAUUAUAGAAAUUUGUUUGUGUUCCACCGAUUAGAACUAAAACUUUAAAACUACUUGAAAAGUGGUUAAUAUUUUGUUCAAAAAGUUUGUAAUGUGCCCAGAUUAUUUGUUGAGCAAACGAUCAGUGAGGCGUACAUUUAUACCGACGGUUAGUCUCCUUCACUCCAAAAGAAAAGGAAUAUUCAUACACCCUACAGCAAUGUUUAAGAACUUUUUUAAUAAUAGUGCCUGCAUACCGUUAAGACAAUAAAUUUUGAAAGGUUACAAGUGAAUUUUUUCAUAUCUAAUCCAUUCUACAAUAUGAAGCUUCUUGAAAGUACUAGAUUUGAAGCAAUCAACAAUGCUCUUUCCAUCCAAACAGGUGACAGCAAAAUCAUUGGUCGUAUAGAAAGCUAUUCCUGCAAAAUGGCAGGUACAGAUAAAGCCUUGUAUAAGAGAUUCAAUCCUGAAGGAGUAAACCCCAGUGAUCUUCAGGCUCUUUCUCCUCCCCAGGGGGUUUCCCCUGGAUUCUCUCAAUACAGUCGAAGCACUUCUGGAGAUGAAGAAGGUCCUUUGUGUGAUACUAUCAGUCGUAAAACAUUAUUUUAUUUGAUAGCCACACUUAAUGCUGCAUUUCCAGAUUAUGAUUUUAUGGAUGUCAAGAGUCAUGAAUUCAGCAAAGAACCGUCUAAACAAUGGGUGACAAAUGCCAUUGAUACAAAUUUAGCUGCAACUGCGGGAGAUCAUUACCGCCUCUUGGGACCAUCUAUGUGGUCUGCUAUUGAUGAUGAGAUCUCUUUAGAGAAUUGUGAUAUUUAUUCAUAUAAUCCUGAUCUUAUUUCUGAUCCAUUUGGGGAAGAUGGAUGUUUAUGGAGUUUUAAUUAUUUCUUCUACAAUAGGAAAUUGAAGCGAAUUGUGUUUUUCACUUGUAGAGCUAUCAACCCAAGAUAUACUAUAGAUUCUGGCUUCGGAAGUGAUUUCAUCAUGGAUGAAGAUGAAACGUAUUAGAAUUGAACAAUGAUUUUCGAAAUCAUUCAAUGAUUUGUUGAACAAGAGCCCCUUAGGAUGAACCAGCACAAUAUUUUUAAAACAUUGUGAGCAUUAUAAUUUAAUAAAAAUCUUUUGGUGAGAGCAAAAGUACAAAUUAUGUAUUAAAAUUUAUUGUUAAGUCGGUAGUUUUAGAGUACUAUCAAAAAUAAUAGGUUUUUUUAACAAUUAUACCUAAUUAAUGGAAUGUUAAUUACUUUUAAUCAUUUAAUGGAUAGAAUGACGAUGCAGAAUUUGAAAUUAAUGAAUUAUUAGUCAAAAUUUGUGUAUUCUGUUUGUGAAACUGUUAAAAUAUGACAAAUUUUCUUUGACAAUUUUUAAAAUAAUAAAAGUAACUUUAUAAAAUUCAAAAUAACUGGAUUUAAAAGAAAAAUACUACGAGAUUGAAUUUGGUUGCUGGCUCUGUUAGCAAUUCUUAUAAUAAAAUCAAAAUGCACUGGAAAUAAAUUCCAGAUUAUCCUAAAUGUGAUUAAAAAUAUUAAUAGAGUGAGCGAAAAUCAAUUUUACCAUAUUUUACUCAAAAAAAUGGUCAAUUUCGUGUUUUUAUUUUGAUAUUAGAUUCAGUUACAGUAAUUCUAGACAAAUCCAUUAGCAAAAAAUUUCAAAUGAUUUCGGAAACUAGCAAUAUUUCUUUUAAAGGGUAUAUAGGAGAAAAUGAAUUGAUUAUUAACAAAAUCUUUAGUAAAAUUCAUUUGAUUCUGCUCACUUCUCACUUUUUAGACCUGAAUUAUAUUCAAAUACCAAAAAUAAAACUUAUCUAUAGUUAUUAUAUAAAUAAAUUUCACCAGUUUGCAAAAAACUUCCAUCAAAAACUAUUUGGUUUUUGAUUAAUUAAUUUGUGAUCCAGUUUGAUUCAUGUUUAGAGCUUACUAAAUUAUUUUAAGCCCUUUCAAUUAAACAUAACUUUUAAAUUUGGUUCAAUAACUACAUACAGUGCAAAACAGUAACGGAAUGGAUGAAGUAAUUAUUCCGUUUCAAUAAAUGAAGUCUUAGAUCUGUUAACAAUUAUGAUCUGUAGUUCAUUUCUAUUGAAGUGUAAUAGAAUAAGUUUAGUUCGGUCAAUUUAGACAUUCGAAGUUACAUAAAUUCCCACCAAGCUGAAAAUCAGUAAAAUUGUUAAAAAUAACAUUUGAAAGUUCCUCAUCAUUCCCCUGUAUGGAAAAAAUUUUAUUCAAGGUCCAAGGUCAAAAAAAUGAGUUUUUGGCGUUUUAUCAAAAAGGGGUUCGAGGAUUAUAUUUUUCGGUACUCGAAAAAUAUUUUAAUACAUUUAUUUUACACAAAAAUAUUACAAUUGUUAUGAAUGAAUAUCAGGAGCGAACUAACAAAAUUCAUUGAAUGAACUAUAUUCAUUAAAAAGUUAUUUACAAUAAUCUUAUUUAUAAUAAAAUAAGUGCUGACUAAUGUUUGCGAAAUUUAAUCCUAUUGCGUUUUAUGUUAAAGAAUGCUCUGGAAUUUUCUUCAUGUAACAGUGAGUAAUAUGAGUAUAUCUACAUCUUCACCAACAACAAUUGUGUUUAUCAAAUUUAAUAUCAAUAUCAAUAGUCAAUAUUUAUUUUUAAUUAUAUCUUAAACAUCACUGAUUUCCAGCUUGGUGGAAUUUAUGUAGAUUCAAUCUUAUUUUUCGUUCUAAUUUGACCGGACUAAUAGGAGUAGAAAACUUUCACAUGAUUGAUACUUACGUUAAAAUGAAGAACUAACCUUGGGUUUUAGUUUGUUGUAGCAUAUAUUGUGGAUCCUGUGAAUUUAUUUUUACCAGAAUGAGGAUUAAAAGAUUUUUGAAAAUGAAAAUAGUCAUACUGCAUCUAUUUCUUUUCGCUAUUCCACACUUUAUGUACAAAUUAUCAAAAAAACUGAACAUAUCAAAUUCAAUACAACUCAGACAAGCAAUUUUUAAUACCUGUGCAUCUGUGUUUUUUCCAAUUUAGUAAUUAUAGACAUUUAUAAGGGUUAAUCACGAAAUGUGUGCAAUGUGAGUCUGGAAUCUUUUAUCAUAAUCAAGAAAAUUUGUAUUUUUAACUGCUCCACUUAGGAACUUUAUUUUAUUAUAAGUACCGACUGACUGGUAACAGCUUUAAUUUUAUUUUAACAUUAUACAAGGUGUGGUAAAAAAUACGGUUUAUAAUAGUAUUUAAAAGUUUUGACCUUCUCAGUAUCAAUAUUGCCAAUUUAUAUUUUCGAGAGCCAUGGUUCUAAAUCUGGUGAUUAAAGUGGAAGCAGACUUUUAGUGACCAAAACCCCUCGGAUUAAAGCACGGCGCACACAGGCGAAACAUUAAGAAAAGUCGGACAAAACCUAUAAGUAAUCAAUUCAUAAAAAAUAGUAUAUGUAUAUAUAUAAUAAAGUUAUGACAAAAUGUUUGAAAAAUAAUAUAUUUUUUUUUUAUUUUAAAAAGUUUUUUGUGAAAAUAAAUACAAGAAAAUAACUUGUUUUUACACAUUUUUUUUUUUGGAAUAUAUAAGAUAAUUAAAAUAUAACCUUUCAAGAGAUGCUUUUCCCUGUGAUUUUUCCAUUAGGAGCUAAAUAUCUUAAUGAAAAAACCUUUAAAGUAAUGGAAAAAAAUUAUUGCAAAAAUUAUUCAAUUCCAAUAUCAAGAUUUUCUAAAAGGUUUAAAACUUCUUGUGAUAGUAAUCCUGUUUUUCUAGGAAGCAAUUUCCUCAGCCCAGUAAUAUAUGGAUCCGAGGAAACCACAAGCCUUUGGUAUGUGUCUUGCAUAGUUAGGGUUCUGGUAAACUUCCUAGAGAACUGCUGCCUGUAUUUUCGGAUAUCUUUGUUUCGGUUUUCUUGAGCAUCUUCACUCAAUAUGUAAGGUUGUAGGCAUUUGAUACCAUGGAUAGUUCAUCACAUAUAUUGCCACAGUUUUGAGACAAAUUUUUUUAAAAAUUUUCUGCAUUAAUGUAACCACAUGGUAGUAUAGUAUGCAAUCUUUUAAUUAGGCUUAGGCUUACUCCUGUUAUUUCGGCAACUACAUCUUCAUUUUGAAAAAAAGUGGAGCGGUCUCUCCAUCUGUAGAUGUACCUCCACCCUGCCUUGGUUUAUCAACGUGCAAUCCCAGCUUCUGCCAGAUUUCGUUUUGGAUACGUAGUUUUUCGGCAGCUACAGUCUCCUUAUCCUUUGGGGAUCUUACUUGCCAUUUACCUAUUCGCAUAAGAAUAUUGUAAAAAGUGCAUAUUCACUUAGAAAUGCAACUUUGAGCCAAGAUCUAACAUGAUCAUUCACUUUAUCUCCAUACAUAGACAACUAAUAAAAAAAUAAAUUAAAACACAAAUAAAAAAAACACAUUCUCACCUCCGGGAAGGCAAUCCAUUUUAUAUAUACAAUAAUUGAAAAUAGUUUUUAUAAAAUAGUCGGAAAAAAAAUAGGGCCGCGUUUAUAGAGAGAAGUCAUUGAAGAAUAGAAAAAAAAUGAGAGCAAUUUUAAUUAAUUGACUUUCAAUUUAGAGUUUAGUCCGACUUUUCUCGAUUUUUCGCCUGUGUUAUGAUGAAAAACAAAGUCGUUGACCAUUUUUUUUCCUACACCAUUUCGAAGACGUUCUAGUAUCUCCUCGUAAUAUAUUAACUACACUUUUUACACAUUUUUAUCUAUUUUUUAGGGUGAGGAUUAUUCUUAUUGCUCCUCGUCCUUUAUUCACUUUUUUGCACUACAAAGAUCAACUGUUUGCCUCAAUACAUUGGAGUAUGAGACAUACUGAAUUAUAUAUUUCUAUAUAUCUAUAUAUAUUUUUUUCAUGACACCUAGUAACUUUAACUUAUACAAGAUCUUAUAAUAUUGAGGUGUGUAUUAAAUUUAAGACUGAUGCUGUUAGACGUUCUAUUACGAUUUCAUCCAUAUUUAUUUAGCUUCAAUACACAUCUCUUCUUAAAAAGGAAUUUUGUGUUAUUAGAAACAUUACUGUGAGUUUGUUUCUGUAUAAAUUCCAUCAUGAGAUGUGGUACUUUUUAUUUACGAAGGAAGACUAUUACUUUACCGAUUAGUUUACAGAAAUGAGGAGUAAUAGAGCCAGUCUCAUUAUUAUAAGUACCUUUUUAUCAUUAUCUAUUAGAUAUAGUAAAUUAUGGAAUAAAAUUAUUUUUUAAGAUAAUUUUUCGAAAUUAUUGUUUAUCAUAUUUGUAAUAUAGUUUCAUCGAAAACUAUAAUAAUUUAUGUAAGGAAAAAAUACGAUCUGGUAUUUUUCGUGAGCUAUUUUGUUUUUGGGAUCAGUACUUAUAAAUACAAAUUAGCUGCAAAUUUAUUGAAGCCAAAAAAUAUUUUGAUAUGCCUUCAAUAUAUUUUUGAGGUUUGUCAAAUUUUUAAAAAAAUUCAAUAGUUCCUUACUCUUCACAUAUUCGGGGCUUAUGUAAAAUUAGUUUUCUAAUCACUUCAUUUAUCUGAUCACACAUUUGUUUCAGCGUUAAUAAAAGCACAUUUAGGCUUCCAGGUUGAAGCAGUAAGGCUCUUACCCUACCACAUAUAUCGUCCUUAAAUAGUUCAAGUCAGGAUUUAUUACAUGUUAAGCUACAGCUUUCCUUUUUAGGAGUAAUUUUAUAUUAUUAUAUCCAAUUUUGUCCUAAAUAUCAUGGAUUAGAACAAAUUCUUCACCUACAAAGGUUACAUUAUGGUACCACAUGUGGUUUCUACAACAUCCCCUCACUUUUAUUCAAAAUGAGAGAAUGAUAAAACGAAUCAUAACCUAAAAAAACCUAAACCUUUUUACCUCUAAAAACAUACUUAACUAUGCCAUCAAAAUUGAAAUAAUAUAAUUACCUUUUUUGUUCUUCACUGUGAUGGAAUGGUUGAAUAAAAUGUUCAAAAAUUUACAAUGAAAUCUUCUUCCAACUAUUACUCUAAAUAAACUUGAAGUCAAUUCGCCAUUCCGAACAAGUAACCGUACUACCAACUGUUAAAAACUAAUACAAGUACCAGCAAAGUCCUCAAAAAUAUAUUUACUUAUCGACUGUUGGUAAUACUGUGAGGGCAUGAUUAUUUUUCAUGGGACAAAUAUGGUAUUCACAUUAGACAAGUAUUUAAUGACUUAUGAUUCUAAAUUGAGAGAAAUUUUUAAAGUUUCUUUCUAUUUACAAUAGACUAGUCAUAGUUCAAAACUAUACAUACAUACUCACAAAUGCCCGUACAAUCCCAAAUUUUAUAGCUAUAAUGAUAUUCGUUUGAAAAAAACAACAUCUAGGACAGGAGUUUCAAGAUUUCAUGAGAAUUACCCACAUCAAUUCCACUCUGAUCGGUUGAGAAAAAAAUACUUUCCAAACAAUUUUAUUCCAUAAAUUGGAUUAGUUUAAAAAAAAUUAUGUCAACUGAUUCCUUAUGUAUUGGUCGAGUAUUAAUUAUUGGUUAGUUUAGUUAUCGAAGACUUAUUAACUGGUACAUGGGUGAUUUGAUCUCAUUCAUAACAUUACAAAUAGAUUUUACAUUUGACUAUACUUAACAACUUUCAGUUGUGAAAUAAAUUUGCAAUUUAUUAAUGGUGACUUCGAAGAAAACCAAAGUGAGGAAAUAAUAUUUUUUCAUAAGUCACCCUCCCAUGAAAGUUGUUAAAAGAUAGUUUAAUAAUAUUAACAAACCGAUAGUACAACGGUUGCAAUAUGUAGUUAAUAGUUUUAAGAUCUGGUGAAAAUAAAUAAUAAGAAACA